AUGUCAAGGACCAAUGAUUCACCGACAGGGGUACCAAAUCCAACACCUGAGAACAGCGGCAACGAAGACUCAGCUCAGCGAGAUAUGGAAAACACGCCUGAUCAGCCCCGGUCCAUCCGCGCUGGUGAAAGUACUUGUUCGUCUGAGAAACAUGUCAUUAAGGAAAGUGUUAGUCAAAGAUAUGAAGCACUACAGGACAACAAAGAGAAGAAACCGACUUCGAAGCACGAGGACGAUCCUGAGGUCGGCUCGAGGUCCACCUCCGAAAGAACCAAAUCCUCUCUGGGAGACAGUAACGCAUCCAACAUCGUUGACUGGGACGGCGAUAACGACCCGGAUCAUCCAUACAACUGGCCUGCGUGGCACACCGGGCUCAACUGUGGUUUGAUUAAUGUGGCCAACUUCAUCUGCCCCUUGGGCUCUACCAUCUUCGCACCCGCCGUCUCUCAGGUCGCAAGCGAGUUCAACAACCACAGUCCCGAAAUUGCGGCAUUCGUCGUCUCCGUCGACGUCCUGGGCUUCGCGUUUGGCCCUUUGGGGAUGGCGCCCCUUUCCGAACUAUACGGCCGUGUCAAGGUGCUUCAUGUAUCUGGCAUCGGCUUUCUCGCCUUCACUAUCGCAUGUGCUGUUGCCCCAAACAUGACCUCUUUGAUCAUUUUCCGUUUUCUGAGUGGUGUCUUUGGCUCUUGCAUUGGGCCGACCGGAGCGGGAGCCAUUGCCGAUAUGGUGCCGCAGGAGAAGCGCGCCGUUGCGGUCGCAGUGUCUGCCGCCGGCGGUCUCCUGGGUCCCAUUGUCGGGCCUAUACUGGGCGGUUUCGUAGCUGCUGCGUGGGGGUGGCGUUGGACGCAGUGGGUUGUCGCUAUUCCCAGCGGCGUCCUCUCUAUCCUCAUAUUUUUCGGUUUUCGGGAGUGCUAUCAUCCAGUCCUCUUGGAACGUAAAGCUGUCAAGCUUCGCAGGGAGACCGGAGACAUGUCGCUGAAAUCCAAAUUUGACCUCGGUUUGUCACCUUCUGACCACUUCAAGCGCAGCAUCAUUCGUCCGCUGAAGCUGUUGGUGCGGUCGCCCAUCGUCUCACUCAGCGCGAUCUUCAUCGGCGUCAGCUAUGCCAUCUUGUUCCUCAUGUUCACUUCCAUGGCCUCAGUAUUCCGGGAGUAUUACAAUUUCAGUACAUCAGUUGUCGGCCUCGCAUUCAUUGGUCUGGGUGUUGGCUCCAUACUCGGGGUCGCAGUCUAUUCUGUGACCUCGGACCGCCAGCUUCAAAAGAAAGUCGCCACAUCAGACGCAACCUCUGAUUCUGGAACAUCGACCGCGACAGGCACAGAUUCAGCCAACGCGUCUGCAAAAAACGAAGACAUAAAACCUCCUGAACAACGUCUUUUUCAUCUACCGAUUGGCAGCCUAUGUCUUCCGAUCGGUCUUCUCAUCUACGGGUGGACAGUUCAGUACCGCGUUCAUUGGAUCGUGCCGAUUAUGGCAACAUCGCUCAUCGCGGCGGGGAACAUCCUUGUCUACAUGUCUCUGCAGAUGUUUCUUGUGGACUCAUUCACCAUCUAUGCAGCGUCAGCUCUGGCAGCAAUGACAGUCGUGCGGUCUGUUGCAGCUGGUCUGCUGCCGCUGUCCGGUUUGAGGUUGUAUGACGCCCUCGGCGUUGGGUGGGGCUCUAGCCUGCUGGCUUUCAUCAACUUGUUUUUCGUGCCGAUGGCAUUGGCCAUCAAAAGGUAUGGGGCGUAUCUGCGACAUCGGUACGAAUUUAAGACAUUGUAG